AUGUCUACGUCGCCAUCAUUGUCGUCUACGUCAAAGAAAUUUCCUUGUUCAUUAUGCCAAUUUUCAAAUAAUAUAAAUACUCUUUACACAAAAAAUAAACUUUCUUCACAUCAGCGAAAGUUUCACCCAAACAACUGUAUCAUUCCUCAUAUUCAACAGUCGUCUUUAAAUAACAUUCCAGAGAUUCAAGUCAAGAAUUUUUGGAACUCACUAUUGUUAAGAAUAGAAAAGAAGCUUUCAUAUCAUAGAUCAGGAAGUGGAAGUAGAAAAAUAAUAUUUGAACCUUUUAGUGAAGAAUUAUUUGUCAAAAUUUUUUCACAAGAAGAGAACUUUACAUUUAUUUCUUACUUGAAUAAAUACAAAUGUGUUUUUACUGGAGAACUAGGGUAUAAACGCUUGGGAUUUUUAUUUGAUUGUGAAGAUUGGGGUGAAAAAAAGCAUGUAAGUCGCACCAAAGCAUAUGUAUUUAUGGAAUAUGAAGAAAAGCAAAAGGAGGUCUCUUUUGUUUGGUCAGACAUUAUAGUUACUAGAAACCAUGAUGGUAAAGAACCUUUAACUUUAAAUAGUCCGAAAUUAGCAGUUUCUUUUAAUAUUUUAACUGGUUACUUUCAAGAUAAUAAUAUUGAUGAAAAUUGCACGAGUGAAGGAAAUUCUAGCUUAGAAAUGUUUGUUCAAUUUUUUCUUUCUUUAAAAUUGCUUUUCUAUUGGUAUAAAUGA